AACUAGAUUCUGACACUACUGCUUACAUCUGCACUGGGGUCGGACAGGCUUCCUGUUUAGAUUAAGACACUAUGGAGCUGGUGCAAGAUAUGGCUCGGAAAACAACUCAAUCCAGGAGGGAGAAAUGCGUUGUUCUCCGAAUUGUCCCAUUAUCCAAACUGUUACACCGAGAAUCAUUGAACGGCUGCUAGUUUAAGUAAACUGCUAUUUGUCCUCAUUCUAGCUAUUGGUACCCACCGCAGUCAUUGUGGAAUGGCACAUAGCGUUGAACAAAGAAGCUGAUUAGCUGACACUGCCAUUCCAAAAUGGCUGCUUUAGCUUCUGCUACUUAGCAUGAAGAUGGAAAGGGGCAUUUUCUGGAAAAACUAGUGGUCAUUCAAUCUCGAUCUAACAGUUGGGAUAAUGGGACAAUUUGGAGUACAAUGUAUUUCUCAUCCCUGGGAAUAUCUCACUCCGGCUCCACGGUGUCUUUAUCUAAAUAGGAAUCCUGUCCGAUCCCAGUGCAGCUGUAAGCAAGCAUAGGGUCAAUCUAUUCUGGCUACCUUUACAGUGCCUUUAGCACACUAUAGAAAUGUCAUGUGUCCUAUGACUUCCAUGGUUAGCCUAUUUGUUUUGUUUUUGUAUGUGGAAUUUUGACAAUACAUUUUUACCCCAAGAAUGAAUAUUCAGAAACUAAACUUACCCCUCCCAUUAAACAGACCUUUCCACCAAAGCUAUAGUGGAAUCCUACUCUAAUGCCAGUUUCCCCCACAUGUGGCAGGAACACAAAGACUGCUAUUGUCUGCCUAUUCUCUUACCUUUCUAAAGUUUCAACAUGCUUCACAAAUCAGUCUCAGGGGUUGGCACCUGGUCACCUUUCAGUCGACACUAAGGUCUGAGUGGGUUAAUUUCAUACUGCUUUUGGAAACCCGUCUAGAGUUUGCAAAUCUGAGUUGAAAUAACUUUGCAUGUGAUUUGUUUUUAAUUUUCUGUGUGUACCAUAGCACUUUACGGGAGGCUGAUUUAUUUGAUGAUCAACUCCAGGUGACUUCCUGUUUAAGUAAUGUUUUAUUUUCUAAAUAUCUGGACCAAACAGCAGAGCCCCAAACCCCCCGGUGUAUCCGCUUUGGAUUUAUUUGCUCCAUAUGGUCUGUGUGACAUGGUACCCAGAAAGUGUGUGGGCGGGGGCUUAAACGUAGUAUUUUGUCCGUCUUGAAAUUUGAUUCAGAAGUUGAGACUGUAUACCAGAUUCUAGAAGACAAAAGUUGGGGGAAGGAAAAAAUAACGAAGAAAUUGAAACAACAGUAAUUCUGCCUCCCUAGAAAAAUUAUUUCUGUCGGCUGUGCGACUAUGACGGGGCGUCAAGCCACCAACCCAGAAGAUGGCAAAGAGAUUGACAGUGUGAAGGAGUCCAUCAGUGACAUCAUCAAUCAACUGCAGGAUAUUGACCCUGCCAGGCUGUCAUUCUCUCCAUUCCUCGACCUGGACACCCAGAUCUCUUUAGCACCAGUGUCUGACAGUCCUGAAUCUUCAGUGGAGGAGCUCCACUCCUCUUCUCACUCAGUCAUGGGCUCUCACCACUCCCUGGAAGCCCUGCCAGCUGAUCAACUUGUCCAGCUUGAUUCCUGCCACCAGCAACCCAGCGAGGGCUUCAAAGCAGAGCGAAGACCGCAAGAGGGAGUUCAGGAUGGAACUAUUUCAAGUCCGAUUGCUCUUGUGCAGAAUUUGGAAGACCCAGUGGAAAACUGCAUCAGCACUCCAAAUCUAGCCUCUCGCAGAGACAUUCCCAAUGGCACAGACACACAGAGAUGGAGUCCAGAAUCCAACAAUCUGGAGUCCACCAUUGAUGAAGGCCAACCGUUGCUCGGCUUGCCACCAGAGAGCAUAGAGUUGACUAUGUGGAGUUCCCAAGAUCAAGAGACUUGUGAGGCUGUCCCAGAGGUGGCAGACAAGAGACUGUGGUGCUGCUGCUGUAGAUGUUGCCAAAGUGGCCGUGUUCCUGCUGUGUGCUCAGUCCUGGCCUCCCUUCUGAUUACUGCAGGGCUUCUCUAUGCACUUUAUUUCUAUGUUCCCAUAGAUUCCCCAGACUGCCCUGACAUGGUCAGCCGCCUCACUUUCACACUUUGCUGCUGUGCCGUAGCUGCAGUCCCCAUCUUGUUGGCUAUGCUGAUUGGUGCUAUGUGCCAGUUCUGCACUGGGUCUUUAAAUCCAGCUGAGGCUCUCCACAGAAGAUCGGCCAUUCAGCAGCUGUUUGUCUCUGCGUCUAUGGAGCAGUUGUUUCUCUACGUUCUCAAUCUGUUGGUUCUGGCUACAUUCCUGCCUCAAGACCAGCUGCGGGUGGUGCCCAUUUUGACUGGCGUUUUCGUUGGUGGGAGGCUUAUCUACUGGCUCUGCUUCCACAUAUGUAGCCCCUGGAGAGGCUUUGGAUCGGGGCUCACUGUUUUCCCACUCCUUGCCAUGGUGGCUUUCAAUCUGUACUGUCUGUACGACUUGAGCCUCAGACAGCUGCUCUUUGGGUCAGAGGACACACUCUAUUAUCAGACCACCCCUUCAUCUUGGCCUCUGGAGGUGUCACAGAGCUCCAGUGGCAAAUCUGAUAGUGUCAUACCCACGGACAUCUUGGAAACUCAGUAAGGAGGAGAGCACUGUCCCUUAUAACUUAAAGAGAAAGCUUAGAACCCAGAAAUAGCCCAUUCCUGUGGUCUGAAGUUCAGCAGAGCUUCACAGAAUGCCACUAACCUCUAAGUCUGUAAAGGCUUAAGUUGUAUUUUGCUCCUCAUAUACAGGACCUUUUUAUGUGGAUUCAUGCUUAUUAUCUGAAAUGCAAGAGCCGUUCCUCCCUUUAGUUGUGGAGGAGGUCUUUGAACAAUGUUCUACUUCUAAAUGUGUGUCCUUUUAAGCUAUUCCAGUGCCUAUAUUUAAUGUUUUGUGAAGUACUUUGACUUAAAAGUUAUAAUUGCAAAUGAAUGGAUAUUCUACCAAUUGAUGUGUUCUUAUAAAAACCACUGAAUGCAACUUGGGUCCCAAAUAGACAUUUAUUUUAUCCAUCCAAAAGUUUGUAAAUGAUACUGAAGUAACAAUAAAAGCUAUUUGGA